AUGAUGGACAAGCAUAAGUAUCGUGUCGAGAUUCAACAGAUGAUGUUUGUCUCUGGUGAGAUUAACGAUCCGCCCGUAGAAACCACGUCGCUGAUAGAAGACAUAGUGAGAGGUCAGGUAAUAGAAAUUCUUCUGCAGUCAAACAAAACGGCGCAUCUCAGGGGAAGUAGAAGCAUUCUACCUGAAGACGUCAUUUUUUUAAUCAGACAUGACAAGGCCAAAGUCAACCGUCUGAGAACCUAUCUGUCAUGGAAGGAUUUGCGUAAGAACGCUAAGGACCAAGACGCUAGUGCCGGCGUAGCAGGUGGUACUGGAAAUGCUGGAGCAGGUGGUGAAGAUGAUCUAAAAAAAGCAGGUGGCGGGGAGAAAGACGAAAAAGAUGGUGGGAACAUGAUGAAAGUCAAGAAAUCUCAGAUUAAGUUGCCAUGGGAAUUGCAGUUCAUGUUUAAUGAACAUCCCUUGGAGAAUAAUGACGACAACGAUGAUAUGGAUGAGGAUGAACGAGAAGCUAAUAUAGUAACUUUGAAAAGGCUGAAAAUGGCUGAUGAUAGAACUCGAAACAUGACUAAGGAAGAAUAUGUGCAUUGGUCCGAUUGUCGACAGGCAAGUUUUACAUUUAGGAAGAACAAAAGAUUCAAGGACUGGUCCGGAAUCUCCCAAUUGACUGAGGGGAAACCUCAUGAUGAUGUCAUUGAUAUACUGGGGUUUUUAACUUUUGAGAUUGUUUGUUCUUUGACAGAAACUGCCCUGAAAAUCAAACAAAGAGAACAGGUGUUACAAACUCAAAAGGAUAAAUCCCAACAAUCUAGCCAGGAUAACACUAAUUUUGAAUUCGCAUCGUCUACAUUGCAUAGGAAGAAAAGAUUAUUCGAUGGACCUGAAAAUGUUGUAAAUCCGCUCAAACCAAGGCAUAUAGAGGAGGCCUGGAGGGUAUUACAGACGAUUGAUAUGAGGCAUAGGGCUUUGACCAACUUCAAAGGUGGUAGACUUAGUUCUAAGCCAAUUAUCAUGUAA